AUAAACGGAUGAACACUCUUCUGGCUUUCACGAAACAACAUGUAGCAUAAACAUGUCCUUAAAUUUAUGCUGGAAGCAGUAGGCUUUUGGAAGCACCGACUUUUAGAUCACGUUUAUUUCUGUUAUCUGCAUUGUAAACUGUGUCUAAAUUAUUGUUUUAAGUGCCUUUUAUUGAGUUUUUAUAUGGGUGACUGUUUUGUGUUAAUAAUCGCCAACAAUGAAUCGUGCCCGGCGCAGCACAGCCGUUUACAACAAAAAGUCCACCAAAAAGCAGCAGGUUAGUGACGAUGAUUUCGAGAGUGAGGGGUUUUCGGACCAACCGACGGAAGAUGAUGGUGACUUCUCGGCCAGCGAGGAAGAGUGGCUCCCGGGAGGGGAUAAAGAUGCCAAGAGCGACGACGCCGAAGCCCAGGGAACAGUGUCAGACGAAGAUGAGUAUGACGAAGGAUCAGAGGACGGUUCCGAGGAUGCGGAUGACCUUGAAGGAGAUUCCGGAAGCGAAGGGAGUGUUGUGGCCGCAGGGAAGAGUGGAACUAAGAAAAGGACAUCGAAAUCGUCAAACAAUCCUUGGCCAAAGAAGAAACGGCUUUCUCCAGCGACACGAGACGAAUUAUACAAGCGUACCAAGAAGAACCUGCUCAAGGAAGUGGCGACAGAGUUACCACCCCUGAACUCCAGUUUGUCCGACAUUCUGAAGCAAUGUCAGUUUCAGAAGAAGAGGGAUCUAUCCCAUAGUUCGAAACAAGCACCAGAAAGAGUGAAACAAAGCACGGUCAAGAAAGUGAAGGGCGGUGACGAGUCUGAUAGCAGCGGAGACGAUCACUUGAUGAAACCGGAGGAGUUGGAUUUACGUUCCAAUUUUUUCGAUAAGAUUGAAUCGACGAAGCGGCAAUCGGGAGAACCUGUGCCUCAAUUCGAUUGCAAUGCGGGUAUGCGUUUGUCGGACAGCUCGGACGAUGAUGACCAAGCAGAGGAACCAAUACCGUCUUCCAUUCAGAAAGUAGCCGCACAGAAGCUGAUCAAUAAGAUCAAUGAAUCUUCCAGCGAAUUUCUGAACUUUAACAACUUGGGAGAGUUUAACAAAAAGAUCGAGGAAGCGAAGAGAAUGCUGAAGGACUAUCAGGCGAAGGAGAGUCAGGAAAGCACUCAGAAGACGAACGGAGAAGAUGUUUCAAAUUUAUUGGCUCUGGGUGAGAUGGAGGCUGGCACCUCACCUGGGAAACAAAACGAUGCUGGCCAACACAACGAGGAAGAAGAAGCGAGUGAAGAAUCGGACUGGGAAGAAGUGGAAGAUGCCGCCCGAAGUCAAAGUCAAACGACCGGAAAACUUCCAGACGACUAUCAGAUAACGGUACAAGUGGAGACGGCAAAGACCAAGAAGAAGCGAUGGGAGGAGAUUGAAAUGGAACUGUACAUCAAGCGGCAAAUCAAUAAGGUGAAGCGAGCGAAUCAACUUGCUUUUCACAAGAGCAGUGUUCUCUGUGCGAUAGCGGGUGGGAAGAAGCUGAACGAAAUUGUCAAUUCUCAUGAGAUGCGAGCUAAAGCGUUGUCUUUGAUGCAGUCCGAUCAGUGUGUGUUGAAAGGGAAGCUGGAUGGCAAAUUUGUCGAUCAGUUGAUGAAGUGGUUCAAGAACAAAUUCGAGCUCGCAGACGAGCAGGUUAUGGGCCCAAAAACGGCGAAAUUCAGCUUUACUCUAGCAUUAGAACUGUUCACACGGAAAGUGGUCUGUAAGAGAGAUUAUGUUCUGCUGUUCUUGGUUUGCAUGCGUGCGGCUGGGGUCGAUUGUCGACUGGUGAUUUCCGCCAACGUUCCACCGAAGCGUCCCGCAAUGAAGGAUCUGUGUCCCAUCUCGGAACGACAGCUUAUCGAACAGUUUGAGAAACAGUUUAAACAUAAAUCCACAGCGAACGCAGUUGAACAAAUUGAGGUUAAGGUUGAAGAACAGAAUGUCGAGGAUAAAGAAUCAAUUGAAAAGAUUCCAUUGAAAGAGGAACCUGAAAAGGCUCAAUCGCCAGUGAAAGAAGCUUUGAAAAAGUCUUCGCGAAAUGCUACUAAACCUUCAGUCAAACAUGAAAAGUUGGAAAAAGAUGAAGAACUUGAAAAAUCUUCAAAACCCGCCGCUCAUUCUCAUUCUGAAAUUAAAGUCGAAGAACCAGCUGUGAAAUCUCGCCGUACUAGAGCAACCGCACAAAAAUCGUCUCUCCAGCCUUCUCCGGAACCUUCAAAAAAGUUACGAUUCUCUCCCGAGCCCGAAAUCCUCUCUGGAAAGCCAGGAAGUCCUGUGAAGGAGAAUACUCGACCCAAAAGAGCAAUUCUGAAACGUCUAUCUCCGAGGACAGGCGAAUCUCCCAAUCGUGUACCCCUGAACACCCUGGUCAUUCCCCAAGUGGACGGAAUCCACGACUUGAAAGCCACUCCUAAGAAUGCUCCGAUUUCUCGCCGACUUCGAAGCCGCCCCAAAGAAACGCCUGAUUCUAAGGCCAGCUCUCCAUUUGCCAAACGUAAAACCAACACACCGCAAGCCAAAGAGAAGAACAAUAACCAACCGGGUCGGAUAUCCAAGAGGAAACUCUUCGAUGCCCCUGUCGAGGUCCACCCCGUUCCAGUAAAGCAGAAAUCCUCUAAAAAUAAAAUUCUUUCGUCGGAUUCGUCCGAUGAGGAUCCUCCUCAGAAACCGGAAGUACCCUCGCCAGCUUCAAACAAGAAACGUAAACCACGUAACACCAAGGCAAAGCCACCACCAUCAACGCAUUCUUCGGAGGACAGCGACUUCGAAACGCCCGGCAAAAGAAAAGCCAAGCGUACCAAGAAGGUCAAGAGAGAAUCACCGAAAGCUGAGUCGAAGAAAGCAGCGUCAAGCAGUAAAACGACUAAAACGAAGCAAAAGAAAGCGGCGGACGAAGAUGAGUCGAAUGGGGGCGUGUCUAACAAGAUGAACUAUUGGAUCGAGUUCUACUCGGACAAGGACAAGCAGUGGAUCACGGUGGAUUUGUUCACGGGAAGGAUCAACUGCGUGGAUUAUUUGGCGCGUCACGCCACCAGCCCCAUUAGCUACGUGUUCGGCUUCGAUAACGAGGGUCACAUCAAGGAUGUUACUCCGCGGUACGUCCAACACUGGAACAACGUGAGCCGAAUGUUGCGCGUGGAGCCCAAGUGGCUGGAGAAAGCCCUGAAGCCAUUCCAGGCGAAGAAAACGGCGCGGGAGAAACGGGAGGACGAAGAGCUGAACAAAAUCCACAUCGACAAACCGCUGCCGACCACGAUUGCCGAAUGCAAGAAUCACCCGCUGUACGUGUUGAAGCGUCAUCUGCUCAAAUUCGAAGCCCUCUACCCGCCGGAAGUGCCCAGUCUGGGCUUCGUCCGGGGUGAGGCCAUCUAUGCGCGGGAGUGCCUAUUUGUGUUGCAAACCCGCGAAAAAUGGUACAAACAGGGCCGGGUGGUCAAACCGUUUGAGACGGCCUACAAGGUGGUCAAAUGUUGGAAGUACGACAAGCUGAAGAAUGAGUGGCUGAAGAAUCAACCGUGCGAUAUCUUCGGCGUGUGGCAAACCGACGAGUAUGAUCCACCGACGGCGGAAAAUGGGCUGGUCCCGCGGAACGAGUACGGCAACGUGGAACUGUUCACGCCGAAGAUGUUGCCCAAGAAGACGGUUCAUUUGCAGCUUCCAGGUCUUAACCGGGUCUGCAAACGUCUCGGGAUCGACUGCGCCCCGGCCCUAACCGGAUUCGAGAAGGCACGCAUGCGCAUGAUUCCGGUUUACGAUGGCUUCGUGGUGUGCGAAGAGUUCGCCAACAAAGUCGUCGAAGAAUGGUACAAAGAGAUGGAGGAGGAGGACCGUCGGGAGCAGGAAAAGUUCGAAAAGCGAGUAUACGGCAACUGGAAGCGCCUCAUCAAGGGCCUGUUGGUGCGCCGCAGGUUGCAGAACAAGUACAACUUUGAUAAUCUUUAAAAUGCGCUGGCAGCAGUAUUAUUAUGUUUUGUAUGUCAACUUUAAACAAUCAACAAUUUAAUUGUAUGUUCAUAUUUUUUAGUACACAAACUUUUAUGCAUCACAAA